CCGUCGUCGGCUCGGGCCGUGGUCGUUGCCAUUGUUCUCGUCGCCGCUGCCUCACGGUACUUAAACCUCACGAGGCCCUCUGUCCUUGCGCCAACCUUUCUACCUUCUUCACGUUUUCCGGCUGCGUCCCCGUCUCCCCUACACCCUUCGCAACCCAAACUCGUGCAGCCGCAGCCCGCCAGCCAAAGCCCUCUCUCACAUAUCUCGCUUUGCUGACACCUCCGGUUCUCCUCCUCCUGCUAUCUCUGCCAGACACACACACAUCCGUGAUCUAGAAACUCUCAGUGCUGUCUCCCUUGUGCCUCCCAGACAACCAUGAACACAAUCGGCUGGUCCGUCUCCGAUUGGGUCUCCUUCAACAGAGAGACGUCUCCCUUUGAGUCUCUCAACACCCUCAAGGCGCUUCUCGCCCACUUGCAGGCCACCCACAGCAGCGACCCAGCAUGGAUCUCCUUGGCCUCCGAGGAAAAUCUCGUCCACCAGUGGAAAAUCCUGCAAUCGAAAUCGAACAAGUCCGACCUGAAGCUCUACGGUGUGCCUAUUGCCGUCAAGGACAACAUCGACGCUCUUGGCUUCGAAACCACGGCAGCGUGUCCUUCCUUUGCUUACCAGCCAACCAAGGACUCCACCGUCGUCGCCCUGCUCAGAGACCAGGGUGCCAUUGUGAUCGGUAAGACCAACUUGGACCAGUUUGCUACGGGCUUGGUCGGCACCAGAUCUCCCUACGGCAUCACCCCAUGCUCAUUCAGCGACUCGCACGUUUCCGGUGGCUCCUCCGCAGGUUCUGCCUCCGUCGUCGGUAGAGGCUUGGUGCCUUUGGCAUUGGGCACAGACACCGCCGGCUCGGGAAGAGUCCCUGCAGCCUUGAACAACUUGAUCGGCCUCAAGCCAACCGUCGGCGCUUUUUCCACCGCUGGUGUCGUGCCAGCAUGCAAGUCAUUGGACUGUCCUUCCAUCUUUGCCCUGAACCUAGACGACGCCCAACUGGCUUUCAAUGUCUGUGCAAAGGAGGACCUUUCCAACUGCGAAUACUCCAGACUUUUACCAGACAACCCUUUAAAAUCCUAUCCUCCAAACUUGAAGAUUGCAGUUCCAAUCGACUUCAAGGGCUUGUGGUAUGGUGAUGAGGAAAAUCCAAAGAUUUUCCAAGCCGCUAUUGAGAACUUCACCAAGUUAGGUGCAGAAAUUGUCCCAUGUGACUUUUCCCCUCUCCUCGACUUGGCCAAAUGCUUGUACGAAGGCACCUGGGUCGCAGAGAGAUACUCUGCUGUCAAAGACUUUUAUGCAACCAACCCUCCAGAAAAAGAUCUUGACCCAACAGUCACCGCCAUCAUUAAAGGUGGUGCCAAAUACGACGCUGCCACUGCCUACGAGUACGAAUACAAAAGACAGGGUAUUUUGAACCGGGUCCACGAAUCCUUCAAGGGUAUCGACGUGAUGCUCGUCCCGACAUGCCCUCUAAACCCUACCAUCAAGCAGGUUAACGACGAACCAGUUAAGAUCAACUCCAUCCAAGGUACAUGGACAAACUUUUGUAACUUGGCGGAUUUCUCCGCUUUGGCAAUCCCUGCCGGGUUCAGAUCAGACGGCUUACCAAAUGGUGUCACCAUUUUAGGUAAGGCAUUUGAGGAUUACGCAUUGCUUGAUUUAGCUAAGAGAUUCUUGAAAACUUUGUACCCUGCCAACGACAGACGUAUCGGUAACGUCAAGGGUAAAGUUGCAGGUAUCAAGGAUAACCUUAACUCUUCCAUUCCACAACCAAACUUGUCCAAGUGCAUCAAGUUGGCUGUUGUCGGAGCCCAUUUAGAAAACUUACCUUUGCAUUGGCAAUUAGAAAAGGUUCAAGCAACCAAAUUAGAGACAACUAAAACCUCUUCCAAUUACAAGCUUUAUGCAUUGCCAAUCACUGGUCCUGUUCAAAAACCAGGAUUAAGAAGAGUGGAAUCCGAUGGUUCUAAAAUCGAAAUCGAGAUUUAUGCCGUCCCAACCGAAAGAUUCGGUGACUUUAUUGCCAUGGUACCUGAACCUCUAGGUAUUGGCUCUGUUGAAACCGAAGAUGGUCAAUGGGUCAAAUCAUUUAUCUGUGAAGAGUUUGGUUACAAACAGAACGGUACUGUCGACAUCACAAAAUUUGGUGGCUGGAGAUACUAUAUCGCUGCUCAAGAAUCCGAGAAAGCAGAACAGGCUGGCAAGAAACCAUUCAACAAGGUCUUGGUUGCAAAUAGAGGUGAAAUUGCAGUCAGAAUCAUGAAAACUUUAAAGAAAUUGGGUAUCAAAUCCGUUGCAGUUUAUUCAGACCCUGACGAAUAUGCUGAACACGCUCUUAUUGCAGAUGAGAAAAUUCCAUUACAUGGCAUCUCUGCUGCUGAAACUUACAUCAACAUCGAGAAGAUGCUCAAGGCAGUCAAAGAUUCAGGUGCAGAAGCUGUCAUUCCUGGCUAUGGUUUUCUUUCAGAAAACGCAGACUUCGCUGACAGACUUGCUGCAGAAGGAAUCACUUGGGUUGGUCCUUCAGGAGAUGCUAUCAGGAAGUUGGGAUUGAAGCACUCUGCUAGAGAAAUCGCAGAAAAGGCAGGUGUUCCUCUUGUACCUGGUUCUGGUUUGGUUUCAAGUGCAGCCGAAGCUAAGGAGAUUGCCGCUAAGUUGGAAUACCCAAUCAUGGUCAAAUCUACUGCUGGUGGUGGUGGUAUUGGUUUACAAAAGGUGGACUCUGAAGACGAUAUCGAAAGAGUUUUUGAAACUGUUCAACAUCAAGGUAAGUCUUACUUCGGUGAUUCUGGUGUCUUUUUGGAAAGAUUCGUUGAAAACGCUAGACACGUUGAAAUUCAAAUGUUCGGAGAUGGAUUUGGUAAGGCAAUUGCCAUUGGUGAGAGAGACUGCUCUCUUCAAAGAAGAAACCAAAAGAUUAUCGAGGAAACUCCUGCUCCAAAUUUGCCAGAAAUAACUAGAGCCAAAAUGAGAAAAGCUGCCGAGCAAUUGGGUGCCUCAAUGAACUAUAAAUGUGCAGGUACUGUCGAGUUCAUUUACGAUGAAAAGAGAGAUGAAUUUUAUUUCUUGGAAGUUAAUACUAGAUUACAAGUCGAGCAUCCAAUUACCGAAAUGGUCACUGGUUUGGAUCUCGUCGAAUGGAUGCUUUACAUUGCUGCAGACAUGGCACCAAAUUUUGAUCAAGAAAUCAUAGUUCAAGGUGCCUCAAUGGAAGCUAGAUUGUAUGCCGAAAAUCCAGUUAAAGAUUUCAAACCAUCCCCUGGUCAACUGAUUGAAGUGAAAUUCCCAGAGUUUGCCAGAGUUGACACUUGGGUCAAAACAGGCUCCAUUGUUUCAUCAGAAUAUGAUCCUACUUUGGCGAAAAUUAUUGUCCAUGGUAAAGACAGAGCUGAUGCACUUUCCAAGUUGAGAAAGGCAUUGGAUCAGACUGUCGUUUACGGUUGUAUUACCAACGUUGACUAUUUAAGAAGUGUUGCUAAUUCUGCCAUGUUCGAAGAUGCUAAGAUGCAUACUAAAAUUUUGGAUACAUAUGACUAUAAACCAAAUGCAUUUGAAAUCACUGCUCCGGGUGCUUACACCACUGUUCAAGAUUACCCAGGCAGAGUUGGUUAUUGGAGAAUUGGCGUCCCACCCUCUGGCCCUAUGGACGCAUACUCUUUCAGAUUGGCUAAUAGAAUUGUGGGCAAUCACUAUAAAGCUCCUGCUAUUGAAAUUACGUUGAACGGUCCAUCGAUUUUAUUCCAUCACGAAACGGUCAUUUCAGUAACGGGUGGUGAGGUUCCAUUGAAACUCAACAAUGAAGAGAUUAAUAUGUACGAACCUAUUGUUGUUAAACGUGGCGACAAGUUGCAGAUUGGUAAGUUGACUACCGGUUGUAGAUCAUACUUAGCAAUUAGAGGUGGUAUUGAUGUCACCGAGUACUUAGGUUCAAGAUCCACAUUUGCGUUGGGUAACUUAGGCGGAUAUAACGGCAGAGUUUUGAAAAUGGGAGACGUUUUGUUCCUUGGCCAACCAGGAUUGGGUGCCAACAGCUUACCGGCUCCAAUUUGUGAGCCAGCAGCCGCUCCUAGAUCAUUAAUUCCUACCAUCUCGACUAACAAAGAAUGGACAGUCGGUGUUACGUGCGGUCCUCAUGGGUCACCAGAUUUCUUUAAGCCUGAAUCCAUUGAAGACUUUUUCUCUAAUCAAUGGAAGGUUCACUACAACUCGAACAGAUUUGGUGUCAGACUCAUCGGUCCUAAACCUAAAUGGGCUAGAGCUGAUGGUGGUGAAGGUGGCUUGCACCCUUCUAAUGCUCACGAUUAUGUUUACUCUCUAGGUGCAAUCAACUUCACAGGUGACGAACCUGUUAUCUUGACAUGUGAUGGUCCAUCUCUUGGUGGAUUUGUGUGUCAAGCUGUUGUUGCAGAUGCAGAAAUGUGGAAGAUUGGUCAAGUUAAACCCGGUGAUUUAAUUACUUUUGUGCCAAUCUCCUUUGACCAUGCUCUUUCUUUGAAGGAACAGCAGAAUAUGGCAUUGUCGGCACUAGAAGGCGAAUUUUCUUCCAUUACUAAAGCACUUGUCAAGCCAGAAAAUCCAGUCUUGUCUGUUUUCCAAGCUAAUAAACAUUCCCCAAUCGUUACUUACAGACAGGCUGGUGAUAGAUACAUUUUGGUUGAGUACGGUGAGAAUAUCAUGGAUUUAAACUACUCUUACCGUGUUCAUAAAUUGAUCGAGAUGGUUGAUAGACAUCAAACUGUCGGUAUCAUUGAAAUGUCUCAAGGUGUCAGAUCUGUUUUGAUUGAGUAUGAUGGUUUCGCAAUUCACCAGAAAACUUUGGUCGAAACUUUAGUUGCAUAUGAGUCAGAAGUUGCGUUCACUAACAAGUGGACGGUUCCAUCGCGUGUUGUUAGACUACCAAUGGCGUUUGAAGAUAGUAAAACAUUAGAUGCUGUUAAGAGAUACCAAGAAACUAUUAGAUCAGAUGCACCAUGGUUACCAAAUAACGUUGACUUCAUUGCCAAUGUUAAUGGCAUUGAAAGAUCUGAAGUUAAAGAUAUGCUAUAUUCUGCUAGAUUUUUGGUUCUAGGUUUGGGUGAUGUUUUCCUUGGUGCACCAUGCGCAGUUCCUUUAGAUCCUAGGCAUAGAUUCCUUGGCUCCAAAUACAAUCCAUCCAGAACGUUUACUCCAAAUGGUACUGUUGGAAUCGGUGGAAUGUACAUGUGUAUUUACACGAUGGAGUCUCCUGGUGGUUACCAGUUAGUUGGUAGAACAAUCCCAAUUUGGGACAAAUUGUCUCUAGGGGAGUACACCAAAAAAUUCAACAAUGGUAAACCUUGGUUGUUAACACCAUUUGAUCAAGUUUCAUUCUACCCUGUUAGCGAGGAAGAAUUAGAACAAAUGGUUGAAGAUUCAAAACACGGUAAAUUUGAGGUAGACAUCAUAGAAUCCGUGUUUGAUCACACUAAAUACCUAAGUUGGAUCCAAGCCAAUUCCGAAUCCAUUGAAAAGUUCCAAGAAACUCAAGAUGGUGAAAAGUUGCAAGAAUUCAAGCGUUUGAUUCAAGUGGCCAAUGAAGAACUAUCAAAGACUGGCACUAAGGUUGAAGAAAACGUCGAAGAAUAUCCUGAAGAUGCUGAAAUGAUUUACUCUGAAUAUUCCGGCCGUUUCUGGAAAUCACUCGUCAAGGUGGGCGAUGAGGUUAAAGAAGGCCAAAGCUUAGUAGUUAUUGAAGCCAUGAAAACUGAAAUGGUUGUUAGUUCUACGCAGAGCGGGAAAGUGUUGAAAGUUAUACAUACUAAUGGUGAAAUGGUUGAAGCAGGCGAUUUGGUGGUUGUUGUUCAAUAAAUAUGAGUAGAAAUUCAGUCACAGACUCUCAGCAUAUGUUUAGGGGGUGAGAGCUUUAGAUAUUUAGCUGUGGUCUAUAAUCGAAUUUGUAUACAUUUACUUUUAAGCUUUUCAAUAUAUUAUUAACGAUUCUAUUUCAAGGUGAACUUUCAAAGCCUAUCAGGAUGUCCGGAAGAAAGGAGUCAUUUAAAACAGAGGAAAAGAGGAACAGGUCAUUUUAACCGAAGAAGCCAAUCUGAUUUAGAAAAGUAUAGUAUUUCUGAAAAGAGCGACCGAUUUAUAUGUAGCCCAUACAUUUAAACUGAAAAAUAAGAUUCCAUAAUCCAAUAUGAUCUUCCGGAGAAGACUAUUGUAGGUGAG